UUUUGUUUUGGGUUGAAGAAGUAGUUGUAGUUGAGGAAGGCCGGGUUUUCCUCGUUUUUCUCCCUUCCGGAGUCUGGCGUGCGGGGAGGGGGCUGCAGCUGACCGACAAACAGAGCCCCUUUCCAGCUUAUCGCAUUCUGGACAGGGAGACCGUCUCGCCGUUCUCACAUUCGUGCCUCACCUCUCUUCCUCCCUGUACCCCCCCGCGGUGGAAAGGGAAGACGCCGGGCCAAGCAGGCGACCGACCGAAGCCGCCGCCGCCGCCGCCUCGGCCAGCACCACCAAGGAGGUGGGGGGCCAGGCCGCUUCGGCCUGGCCCGGCUCGGCCUGGCUUGGCCUGGUUUCAGCCUAGCCGCCCUCCGCCGGGCCUCCACCAUGAGGAGGGAAAUGAACGGGGUCACCAAGAGCCGGUUUGAGAUGUUCUCAAACAAUGAUGAGGCUGUGAUCAACAAAAAGCUUCCCAAAGAGUUGCUGCUUCGAAUAUUCUCCUUCCUGGAUGUGGUCACCCUGUGCCGUUGUGCUCAAGUCUCCAGGGCAUGGAAUGUCUUGGCCCUGGAUGGUAGCAACUGGCAGCGUAUUGACCUGUUUGAUUUCCAAAGGGACAUUGAGGGGCGUGUAGUAGAGAAUAUUUCUAAAAGAUGUGGGGGUUUCUUGCGAAAGCUGAGUCUACGUGGAUGUCAAGGUGUGGGAGACAAUGCAUUAAGGACAUUUGCACAGAACUGCAGAAAUAUUGAAAUGUUGAAUCUAAAUGGCUGCACCAAGAUUACAGACGCCACAUGUACUAGCCUUAGUAAGUUCUGCUCUAAACUACGGCAUCUGGAUCUGGCUUCCUGCACUUCAAUAACCAACCUUUCCCUUAAAGCACUGAGUGAGGGGUGUCCUCUGCUGGAACAGCUCAAUAUCUCAUGGUGUGACCAGGUGACAAAAGAUGGCAUCCAGGCUUUGGUGAGAGGUUGUGGUGGACUCAAGGCUCUUUUUCUUAAAGGCUGCACACAGCUGGAGGAUGAAGCUCUCAAGUACAUUGGGGCCCACUGUCCUGAACUGGUGACUUUGAAUUUGCAGACUUGCUUGCAAAUAACAGAUGACGGCCUCAUUACAAUAUGUAGAGGGUGCCACAAGCUACAGUCUUUGUGUGCCUCUGGCUGCUCCAACAUCACAGAUGCCAUCUUGAAUGCCUUGGGGCAGAACUGUCCAAGGCUUAGAAUAUUGGAAGUAGCUCGGUGUUCGCAGCUCACAGAUGUGGGAUUUACCACUCUGGCUCGGAAUUGUCAUGAGCUAGAAAAAAUGGACCUUGAGGAGUGUGUUCAGAUAACAGACAGCACAUUAAUCCAGCUUUCCAUACACUGUCCACGGCUCCAGGUUUUGAGUUUAUCACACUGUGAGCUGAUCACCGACGAUGGUAUUCGACAUCUGGGCAAUGGAGCCUGUGCCCAUGAUCGCCUGGAGGUGAUCGAGCUGGACAACUGCCCUUUGAUUACAGAUGCUUCUUUGGAACACCUCAAAAGCUGCCACAGCUUGGAAAGAAUAGAAUUGUAUGACUGUCAACAGAUUACACGGGCUGGAAUCAAGAGACUCAGGACCCACUUACCCAAUAUUAAGGUCCACGCCUACUUCGCACCCGUGACUCCACCCCCAUCGGUGGGGGGCAGCAGACAGCGCUUCUGCAGAUGUUGCAUCAUCCUAUGACGUGGGAGCCAGUCUACCUUGUGCAAAAAGAACUGAGUAUUUAAAUUACCCUUCUAGCAGUAACAGUGGACACCAUUAUCUCCACAAAAAUGUGGCCAUCUUUUGCAAGGGCCUUUUGAGAAGCAAGUAAAUUUGGGGAGCUGGUUGCACAAAUUUGUUCCCCUACUUGUCCCAUAACCACAGACAAAAACAGACACAUCAUAGUGCGUAUCCAUGUGCACGCACGCGCUCACACACGUGCACCUACUUAUUCCAGCAAACUUGAAGGACCCUGGAGCUGAGGAGCUGGAUCAGUGGGAUCUUUCUCCUUUUUUCCCUUGUAGGUUGAUAUAAUUAUGAACCAUUCCUACUGGGCAUGCUCAGAAGAAAUCAUGGGGAGGUGGGCGGGAGAAAAAAUGGGAAGUGAUCAUCACGCACAUCUAAAGAACUACUGUUGCUUUAGGGCUGGGGGGAGAUGGUUCUUUUGACAUUGGGAGCAGCAAAUUGGACAAACUCUUCAGUGCAAAUGUGGGGACAGGGUGAUGACUGAGGAAGGGAACAAAACUGAACACUGAAUCUUACAGCCACUGUCCAGAGAGGAAAAAAAUGUAAGAAAAGAAAAAAGUCCCCUUUUUAAAAUCAUCCUUGUGUUAGGGAAUGUUAAAACAGCAGCCAUUGUGAGACGUUGAUUCCUGCGCUUCUGUAUUUUCUUGUUUUCUGUGCUGGCACAUACACUGAGCAUGCUCAUGUUGAAGGUUCAGCGGUUUCUCUUCCGUGUUUCAUAGCAUUUGGCCCAGAGGCUUCCUAGAUUGUUGUGACGAUAAAGCUAGAAAUAUGUACUGUCAGGUCUGAUUUAUUUUCUUUUGCUUCCUUUCUUCCUCAGUAUCUUUCAGUUUUUUUAAAUAGAUGUCUAAUUCUGAAAUUGUAUGAAAUGAUUGACUAUAAAAUAUAUGUCAAGUUAUUUUUUCUUUUACAAAGGCAUCUUUUACCACUAGGAGACCAAGCCUUGAAAACACAACUGUGAAAUGAAGUUAUACAAGAGAACUUUUCUGUAGAGAUUUCCAGUUUUUUAAACCAAUGAUGCAGUUUGGGGAGGGGGUUAUGCCAUUGACCAUAUUUCGUGCAACAUGAGGGUGGUUAAUGGUGGCUUCUUAAGCAUCCCACAUGUACAGGCGGAUUUCCCUAUUUCCCCUUGAUCUGCUGUAGGGAUGCUGGGUGGUUUGUUAACUACCCCAGCCAUCCACCCUUGCCAGAUCUGGUCAUCACAGCCACCCAUGUGCAGUGAGGGUAAUCAGGAAAAUCAGCUGGCACAUGUCCAGCACAUACAAGAUAAUUGAUAAAUCGCCACAGCUCAUUAACCACCCUUGUGUCGGGCAAGCUGGCUCACUGUAUGUGUGUUCAAAUGUCUCCCCAUCAAAGAAACAUGGCGUGUAUAUCAAAAAUGGCACCCAGCUAUAUGCUCCUUUGUCUUUACUGGUAAUUUUCUGCAUCUGAAGAGCCAUCUCUGAAAGAUCCUCUUUGAUGAAUCUGGAGUUCAUGGACACCUCCUCACAGGUGUGCAUUUUCCAUACAAGUAAGUUACUACCUUGAUGUGGAAGCUGGCCAGGUUUGUCCUGUUCAACACUGCAGGGUAUAACUGUAGCUUUUGUGUUGUUUUGCUUAAAGCUGCUUUUUCAAAAACCACUGGAGUCAUUUUCAUGGUGCCUUGGAGGCCAGCUAGUUUUGGCUCUGUUUCGGAUUUAAAGGGGGCAUGGGAAGAGGCAUGGUGCAAUUCCCAUUUUGUCCCAUUCAAAUAAUUCCAGCAGUUCAACUCUCUGUUGUCUUUUCCUCACAAGUGAUGUUAACAAUAUCCAGACACCAUUUUUAUAGCCCCUGCCAAUUUAAUUGUUUUGAAACAGAAAGCACAAGGAAGCCGUUUGUAAGCAGUCCCAAUGCACAUGGCUUCCUUUCUGAUGCACAAUCACCUGCUUUUCUUACGAACACUUCUGAUCUUGAUCAUGAAUGUUUCACAUUUGCACCUUGCCAUUCCAGUCACUUCUUGUCUGCCGCUUUGUUGUCUACCAUGUCAGCUUCUAAUGCCGUGAGCUUGCAAAGCAGCUGCUUUCUCACCAAAUCAACUGGAUUCAAAGAUUUCAUCCAUUGCCUAGUGUAGACAGUGAAUCAAAUCUGUGAGAAUGAAGAUGGUAUCUUAUGAAAGCAUUUGUGGAGAUCCUUAAUGCCACUUGCCAUGGCACCACCAGGCUAUCUAGGAAAUGUCAACAAGGGGCUGAAACAUCUCCCACGGAAAUGUUGAUCAGUAUUUCCAGAUUUGCACUGGCCACCAAAGAUGGAUGCAGCAAGGGGUGCUGUGCAGACAAGAGAGCAGAAAUUGGGCCUGUGCUACUUCUUUUCUGCCCUAUAGAGUUUUAAAACAGGGUUCCCAUCCAGAACUGAGGCAGGAGCCUGGCACAAAUUGCACAAGUAGAUCGGGCUGGUCCCGAGGAAUUGAUGGAGCGGAGCUCUCACCCAAGCAGCGCCCCAGGCUGCUGGAAGGUGAGAUCAGGAGAGCAAAAGUAAUGUUUAUCUUGACAAGCUCACAAGCCUUAGAGGAGCAUCCUUAAUAGCAACUACAAGAAGAACGGGGAUCGGACUUGGGGAAUAACAUGUUUUAUAGAAAUUGUCCUGUCAAAUGUUACCUUAUUUUUCUGAAAGAGUUAAACAGUUUCUUUGGAGUUCAGAGCAUAUGUGUUUUCCCAGUGCCUCCUGAGAAAUAUUAAAAUGUAUGCAGUGAUCUGUAAUUUCUCUAUCUCUCUUGCACACAUGCUCUUGCUUUCUCAUACAAGCACACAUCCCUGUGGUAAGUUUCCCAAACCCACCCAUGUGUGGUUUUUCACAGGGCCUUACAGCAGUGCAGACUACUACCAAAGAACUGAAAAGGGAAAGCCUGUUAUUUUUACAGAAAAAUGCUGUCUUUUUUCCCUGCUUGCCUGCAAAAAUCUCACCUGAUUUUUUUCUUGCGAGUUUUCUGUUUUAAGGAAUAUUUCACUGACUUCAGUGAGAAACAUGGAUGAUAGUCUUCCAUUACCAUAUGACUAAUACACCUCAUUUCUAAAACCUGACAGAACAGUCCCUCUUUGGAAUCCCAAACAUCAUAGAGGCCAUCAUCAUCAGUGUGGGAAGUACUAAUUGCCAGGACCAUGUGUGUAUACUGCCAUCAGCUUGUGUGUGUUCAGCUGAGAGUAAUCCUAGAGUGUUUGGGGACUUUUCGUUUUGAAGAAACAAAGCGUGGGGGCAUGAGUACCAUUCCACCGAGUAUUAUUCCUGUACAGACCACUUUGGCAUGAAUGAAAAUUACGCAGUGGCAGUGCCGGCUGCAUUGCAUGUGACGUGUUUUCACUUGUCCGAUUUUUGAUAGUUCCUCUAAGGACUUCAUUCUCUCUCAUGCCAUGAUGUGGGAAUCAUUUCCUCAUCUUGCAACCCAACACCUCUCAGGUGUGUUUGUGGGACUGUUCCAACUGUUCAGAUGGGCUGAUUGUAGGGGUCAUUCCCACUAGAGCAGCCUACAUGGUCAGCCUCCCCAGCAAAGCAGUGCCACAGGAAGUGGUGCGUGGGCAAAGUGGAUUCCAGACAUUGAGCAUUUGAGACCAAUAUGGUGGUGAUGGUUUUUCAGGUGAAAGAGCAGAAAAGAUGAUACAAUUUGAAAGAAUCCCUUUUAAAGUCAAGCAUCUCCUUCCCCUUGUCAAUGAAUUAAUUAAAAAUGUCAAUAAGCUAUGCUCUCUAUAUAUAUUACAUUGCAUAGGCUUUCACGGAAGACAAUAUUUGCAUUGGAUUAAAGCUCCCUGCACACUUUAUUUUUAGUGUUCACUCCCACUCACUUUAGCACUUUUUAAAAAAAUGCAAUGAGAGCAGAUUUGAAUGUGUCAAUGAGAAAGGGGAAAUACACAUCAUUAAUUUUUAGAAAGGCUACACUUCACUGUGUUCCAGUCCCUGGUGUACACUGAUCCCUUGGGACUUGGGAAAGGUGAAUUCAAGUCUCUGCUAUGGACUUUGGAUUGAUUUCUGCUUUAACUUGUGUGCACUCUAUCAAGUGUGAAGUACAUGAAUGUGUUGAACCAGAUAGUUGAUAAGUUAGAAGUUACCAUGUUUGUUUGAUCCUGAUUUCUUUGUGCAUAUUAUGAUAGAAAGCAAUUUCCCACCACCACAUGUUUACUAAACCAUCAAGUAAAUAAUGGAAAUAUAUGUUUCAAAGCCCAUGAGCUGAAAAGCUUACAAAAGCACAACAGUUUAUUUUUAAGCUAAGACACUGAAAAGCAUCCAAAACCUUUGUUUAUAAUAUUUAACUCCUUGCAUACAUGACUUUGAACAAGAAUUGUCCAUGAUGGUGGGGAAUGGACCUCCCCUUUCAAAAGCAAGAGCAUCUCUGGAUGUGAGAUGUUGGGCACAAACAGGCAGGCUGUCACCCAUUUUUCAUGCUCUGUGAGAUUCCCAUGGAUAUCUUGCUGCUGCUUUUAAGAGAUUGAUUAGUUGGCUCAUAUUUUUAUAAUAACAUGGAAGUAGUAAUGUGUGUGAAACUCUUUCCUGAUUACUUGUAGAAAUAAGGUGAGCUGUAGGUAUGCAUUAUCAUAAAAAUAUCCCAUUCUGAGGAACUUGAUAUAUUCGUAGGAAUGAAUUGUCAGCCCUCAGCUGCCUGAUUCUGCGAUCAAUGUGAAUGCCAAGUGAGGGAAAUGAAUGUGAAUUUAGUAACUUUUGUGGUCAAUAUCUGUUCUAACAAGAUGUGCCAAAUCUGUUAACUUUACAGAAAUACUGUAAGGUAUUUCCCUUCCACUUCCAUCAAGGUACAGCUACAGCUGGAUUACUCAAAAUAUUAAAAGUAUUGUAGUCAGAAGGCCAUUGUGAUCACUGUAAUUUUUAUUCAUUAUUUCACCUCCCUCCGUACCUGCUUAUUCAUUUGCAGAUCAUGAGAAUUCCAGAUGUCAAAAUUGUUAGUUUUCCCAUUGGCUGCUUCUGUGUCUGAACAAUAGUAAGCUGAACUUCAGUGGUAGCUGCAUGUCUCUUUGUCUUCAGCCAUAUACAGUUGCAUACUGUGGAAAGCUUUGAUCAUUCUCUUGUCAGCUGGAACCAUACAUGACCAGCUCAACUUGUGAACAAGAGUGAUGGGAAUGAAAAUAUCCCUGCAGCCAAGUGUUCUGAAGAACCUCCGGCUUUGGGGAAGUGCUGAUUCAACAGAACCUGAUACAUUUUUAAGAUGAUAGAACCACAGGUCAGAAUUAUGAAACAAUUCCCAAAGAGAAUAGGUAGAUUGAUCAUUAAAAUAGAAAUAACAGCGACAAUAAUAAUGAAGUCCUUCAUGUUUGUUAGGUUUUGUUUAAUCUGAAUGUGGACAUGGCUGGCCCAUGAUAUUGUGUGGUUGGGGUUGGAUGGUAGGAAAGGGGUUGUAUGACAUGGUUCCGUAAAAAGAAUAUUCCGUUUAAAGCGGGGAGGACCAUAUGACAGAAAGUCUUAAUCUAUGGUCUACUCACUUGACUUCGCUUUGCCUUGGAAGUUCAGAAGCAAGCAUAUAAAUUUAUUUGGGAUACUCUUGAUACCCUGUAGGCUGGAUGUUUGGUAGCUAAAUUUCAAACUUCUUUGGAACUGAGGAUCCUACAGCAAUCGGGUGUGAUUCAGUCAAUUCUACCAGGAAACCUACAGCAAAGCACUAAUGUAAACACUUUUUAUUAAACAAAUACACCAUUUGAGGAUUGAAGGACUGUUGUGUUUUUUAAUUGGUUUGUUCAUUUUUUAAUGCAACUUUAAAUUUUUGGACCAUGAUUCUUCCCAUGUUCCAUAUGAUGUUGGGCAGUUUGGGCCAGCAUAUUUUUAUAACAUUUAUUUUAAUAAAAAUUAAUUUAUCUGUAAACAGAUUUAUUGGACACCCAAGUUGGAACCUUGCCAUUCAGCCUCUUUUAACUAUAUAUUACACAGAGAUCUGUAAAAUGCUAUUUUAAUGAUCCUGUAAUCUGUGCUUUCCCUUCUCCUGGACACUUGAGUGUGGAUAUAAUAAUGCCAAGUCUCUAAAAGUAAAACUAUAUGUAUAUAUGUAGCUCAAUCUUUUUUUUUCUGUCCAUGUUACAAAAUCGUUGUAAUCUUGGCUCAGUUUGUAUUGUGCAAAAACUUGUUGCAAAAAAAAGAAAAAUGUUUCCAAAUCCUUGACAUUUGUGACUGUGCAGGAUAACAUGAUCGUAUCUGGGA